AACCGCAGUGCCUGCUGGGAACAACAAACUCGAGCGCCAUCUUGCCUGGUAACGACUAAGGAGGGCGAAUUAAGGAGCUGUUUAAAUGCUUUUUAAACGCAAAUAGAGUUGUUUCAGUUGUUUGCAUUGGUCGUUUAUUGUAAGUCCAGAGUUAGAAGAGCAGCAGUUGGACUGGAGUCUGCAUUGUGGUUCACAUUUCAGCCGUAAGACUGGUCAUCAUGGGCCGCUCACGCAGCCGAAGCACGUCUCGGUCUAAACACUCAAAAAGCAGCAAGCACAGCAAGAAACGGAGCCGGUCCCGGUCCAGAGACAGGGAGCGGUCCAAGAAACGAUCCAAGUCCCGGGAAUCUAAGAAAAACCGGCGCAGAGAGUCCCGCUCCCGAUCCAGGUCCACCACAGCCUCGUCCCGCAGAGAGCGAGCAGCCUCUCCCCCGGAGAGGAUCGACAUCUUCGGCAGGACUCUGAGUAAAAGGACCGCUCUGGACGAGAAGCAGAGGAAGGAAGAGGAGGAGAGAAAGGCAGAGAUGGAGAGACAGAGGAAAAUCCGCCAGCAGGAGAUCGAGGAGAAGCUGAUCGAGGAGGAGACGGCCCGGCGGGUGGAGGAGCUGGUGGCCAAGCGGGUGGAGGAGGAGCUGGAGAAGCGGAAGGACGAGAUAGAGCGGGAGGUGCUGCGGCGCGUGGAGGAGGCCAAGCGCAUCAUGGAGCGGCAGCUGCUGGAGGAGCUGGAGCGGCAGCGGCAAGCCGAGCUGGCGGCGCAGAAGGCCAGAGAGGAGGAAGAGAAAUCCAAGCGGGAGGAGCUGGAAAAAAUCCUGGAGGAGAAUAACCGCAAGAUCGCCGAGGCGCAGGCCAAGCUGGCCGAGGAGCAGCUACGGAUCGUGGAGGAGCAGAGAAAGAUCCACGAGGAGCGCAUGAAGCUGGAGCAGGACCGGCAGCGGCAGCAGAAAGAGGAGCAGAAAAUCAUCCUGGGGAAGGGAAAGUCCAGACCCAAGCUGUCCUUCUCCCUGAAGGCGACCGAAUGACACUCCGCUGCCCCGCCUUCGUCCUGCACCGCCCCCUCCAUCCUCAUCCUCAUGGUUCAGCCCCGCUCCGUGUCGUCCGCUGUGGAUUUGCUCGCUUCAUUUUGGAAGUGCUAAAGGAAAGGUCGGGGAGGAUGCUCCUUCAUCGCCGCCCCUAAAAACAAACAAAAAACAAACAGACAGAACGAACUCUUCCUGUUUGCUUUUAUUUUCUCUCUUUUAGGGACCUGGAAGUUUUCAUGUAGUCUGGGAGUCUUAUGUGUAACCAGCGGUAGUCCUGCUAGGGGAAAGUCGCCGGCAGCUCGGGUGGCUGUCGCUCUGUUUUUGGUAACACUUAAUUUGAAGCAUUGUUCACAAGACUGACAUGACCUGUUAUAAACAUCAGGGAACGGGAAUGAAUGUUUGACUUUUCUCAUGAACGCUCACUCGGUGAAUAAUGACGUUUUUAAUCCAAAGUUGCAUCAAAAGUGUCAGCGUUGCUGUAUUUGGUAAAUAAUUAAAAUUUAAAGUAAAUUUUCUUUUAAAAGUGUCAUUAUUUACAGAAUGACGGUUCAUGACAGCGGUUAUAAACAUUUAUUUGGACUCCUUCACGUUCGUGACAGAUGUCAUGUCAGUCUUAUGCACAGCACUUCAAAUAAAGUGUCAAUUUUCUUUUUUACUUUAAAGAACAAUAAAUGAAAAAGCACAGAAAGCUUCCCAUCCGGCUGACCCACUCCGUGUCUUCCACCCCUCCGGAAACGUUUCUCCCCGUCACCUUAAAACAAUCUGGUUCUGCAGGCGAACCGGGCCUCAGCUACCCGACCUGCCGGUGAUCGGUCCGACAGGAAACGGAGGACAGAAGCCAUUUCCUGUUCCGUGUAACCCUUUUAAAACCGUCUUAUGAAAAAGCGAUAGAGAUCAGAAAACGUGGGGAGGAAAGAAAAACACUCUGGUUUGUUUCCCGACAAAAUUCCCCCCACGUGUGCGAACUGUUAUGUUGUAGUAAAUUAACUUGGCGAAGCCGCCGCCGAGUCGUAGAGGAGACACGAGUUCAGGUAAGACGAGGUCAGAGUGAGAAUGCAGGUGUGUGUGUGUGAGUGUGUGUGUGUGUGUUUGGAUGAUUUAUUUGACCUCAGGUGGGUAUAAUAACUUUAUUCUGUGGAAUCUUAAUUUUGUCAUGUGAGUUUUUCCCCCCUUAAAUUGUCAAAGGACUGAACAGAUGAAUAAAUCCAUUGAAUGCCAACAGAA